CACAGAGAGGAACUGUGGUUCAUACCGAGGCUUCUCCACCUUGAGAAGAAGUUGUCUUCCCCUCUCUGGCUCUCCUUUUCUGUUUUACUGCAGCUCCUCUCAGAUGAUCCAUCUGUCACCCACCUGCAGCUGAUCUUGUACCCACCCUGCAGCCACAACAUGAGCCUACGGAAACUCAGUUUCAAGUGGUUUGGUAGCCUCAGCAACCUCUCCUUUCGCCGCUCCACUGAGAAAUCAGACUCCAAGUCCUCUCCGUCCAAGUCUGGAGCUGGAUAUGUACCUGGAGAUGUCUGUGGUGCAGCAGUCCUGGCUCCAGUUGUUGAGGCAACAAUGGACGACAUGGAUGCCAUGCGACCUCGCACUGCCAGCUAUGUCCGCUCCAGUGAGAGCUACACACACAUGGGCACACUGCCUCGGCUACUGAUGAAGAAGAGAGACAAAAGCAAUAAAGGAGGCUCCAGUAGCAAUAAGAAAACUAAAGACAAGAGCAUCAGCAGGAGUCAAAGCCAGCGACCUGCAGGGGACCAAGACCGUUCACCCCUGAGGCUCACAGCUGCCUCAUCCAAAGCGGCCAGGGAUGAAGCUGGAGCUAAAGCCGACACUGGGCUCACUAAAGACUGUCUCACUGAUCCAAAGACCCAGCUGGGACCCACAGAUCAAACUACUGCCACAAACACCCAAAACACCAUCUCUGGACCUGUAGCUGUCAGGGAAGAUGUGUCGCCAUCUGGUGGCUCAAGUUCUGCACUCCAAGCAGAGACUUGUGACAAGCAGGGCAUCACCCAGACAGGUGUAGACUUAAACCCACAUCCUCUCAGCCCAGGGAGUGAUCAGACCAGGACUCAUGAGGAUGAUGGGUUAGAGUCCAGGCCUGUGUCUGAACCAAAGGAGGAGGCUGAGAGCAGAGAGCUGACAGAGGGAGUGGACAGUGGAAACCAAAACUCUGACAGCACUCACAGCCACAUGGAGCCAGCAGAGAGCCAGGCGGAAUAUGUGCAGUUCUCCAAGGAGAAGUACCUGCUGGAGUCUCCCCCCGAGAAACUUCGUAAGGAGCUGGAGGAGGAGCUGAAACUGAGCGCUGCUGACAUCAGGAGCCAUGGCUGGUACCAUGGACACAUACCCAGAGAGGUGUCAGAGACUUUGGUUGUGCGUAAUGGAGAUUUCCUGGUGCGUGACUCUCUGACCAGUGUGGGUGACUACGUUCUGACCUGUCGAUGGGAUAAUGAGGUGCUGCACUUCAAGAUCAGCAAAGUCCUGGUCAAAUCCAGUGAGACCAAGGUACAGUAUAUGUUGGAGUCCGACAGCUUUGACUCGGUCCAGGAGCUUGUGCGGUUUUACGUGGGCCAGCGCAAACCUGUCUCCCAGUCCAGCGGUGUCCACAUCUACUGUCCGGUCAGCAGGACUCUUCCUCUGCGCUACCUGGAGGCCACCUUCGCUCUGGCCACCAGCAAGCAAGGCUCCGCCUACUCACCGUCCAGUCAGAGGGGAGCAUACAUCAAGAGGCGGAGCGUCACCAUGACCGAUGGGCUGACAGCUGAGAAGAUGAUACCUCACAGCCCGUCAACAAUCCACCACCAUAAAGACGCAAUGCGGAACUGUGCGAUGAGCAUGGACCAGAUUCAGGAGUACCGCUGCCCCUUGUCACCUGUUGGGGAAACACCACUGUCUCCUGCAUACAGUGCUAUCACCAGGCAGAGGGCCCACUCAGGCGGGCGGGUCCUGGCCGUCGUCCCACCCUCCCCAGUGAUGCGGCGUUCCAGCGACCCUCAGCUCAGCCCCUCAGCUGAUAACAACCCUCCAGAGCAUCCCGCGCACACAUCUCACUCGGCACACUCCACGCCUGCCCAUCACCCCAGCUACCAAUCACAUUCCUCAGAAACAGCAGGGAGCUACUGCGACCUCAGACCUUGCCCUGCUGGGCCCCCUAAACCCCCAACUAAGGGCUACGUGGAGCGAUUGCGAGUGGAAGAAGGGAGGGAGGAUGGAGCGAGGGAGGAUGGAGAGGGGAUGUUUACUGCCCCACAGGUGGAGACAGCGUCCUCGUUCAGGCCAUCCAGGUACGAGUCUUGCCUUCUGCCAGCUGAGAAUAAGCCUCUGGAGAUGUCAGUGCUGAAGAGAGUCAAAGAGCUGCUGGCUGAGGUGGAUGCAAGGACCGCAGCUAAACACAUCACCAUGGCAGACUGCACGGUGGCUCGAAUAUUAGGUGUAACCCCAGACAUGCAAAGGAUGAUGGGAGUGUCCUCAGGGUUGGAGUUACUGACAUUACCGCAUGGACACCAGCUAAGGCUCGACUUACUGGAGAGGUUCUACACCAUGUCUAUCAUGAUGGCAGUGGACCUGCUAGGCUGUACGGGAAGCACAGAGGAGAGGGCGGCGCUGCUGCACAAGACCAUCCAAUUGGCAGCAGAGUUGAAAAGCAACCUGGGGAACAUGUUUGGCUUUGCUGCUGUGAUGAGAGCCCUGGAGCUGCCACAGAUUUCCCGGCUGGAGCAGACGUGGGUGACAUUACGCCAGAGACACACAGAGGGCGCCAUUCUAUAUGAGAAGAAACUCAAACCUUUCAUGAAGAAUAUGAACGAUGGCAAAGAGUCGAACGCCCUUUCCAACACCUCCCUACCCCACAUCAUUCCCGUCCUUUCCUUACUGGAGCGGGGCAUGGUUAUUGGGGAGACGCUGGAGCCCUGGGAGAGUGCAGAAGUUGGAGUAGACGUGGUCAUGUACCACCUAGAGGCAGCCCGAACCAUCGCACAUCACGGGGGGAUCUAUAGAACCAACGCUGAGACCAAACUGCAGGGAUUCCAGGAACGGGCAGAAAUCCGCGAGAUCUUCCAGACAGAAUUUCAGAUGCGUCUCCUAUGGGGCAGCCGCGGCUCUGAGGGCAGCCAAUCAGAGCGUUACGAGAAGUUCGACAAGGUCCUCACAGCUCUGUCACACAAGCUAGAGCCUCCUGUGCGCCACAGCGAGCUAUAGCAUCUGCCCCGACACCCACCGUCGCCAAAACACCCCCAUCUGCACUCACCACUCAUUGUGGUAUGGUCUUAUUUUGCAUCGCAGAGGAUGAUGUGGAAGAGUCCAGCAUGAACACUUGGGAGGGUGGAGAGUGAAUGAAGAGGCAGCUAACGGCGCAUGUGGAGUGAGCGAUAGAGAGAAGAGGGUCUCACUUGUAAAACGUGUUGCACUCACUGUGGACUUCUUUCUGUUCCUCCCUGUGGACUUCCUCACUUAGCACUAAAAUAUUUAAAUGGCGUCUGGGAAGAGUCGAGCUAAGUGGAAAAGAAGACGGGGGAGGAGACUGACCAGCUCCUCUGCUUGGUACAAACAGUAACAUGUGUACGGAGUGUCCCGAGGGCCGAACAGAGCUGCAGAGUUUGGCUUUGCUCCAAUUUAAAAAAAAAAAACAACAGACUCUCUCUUGUUGCAAACAACUGCUGUCACACACUGUAGCAGAAAUGCUAACAAUAACUUGCAUAGCUCAUAUAUAGAUGUUCAUAUGUGUGAGUGUGUGUGUGUGUGUGUGUGUGUGUGUGUGCGCGCGUGUAUGUGUGUUUACAUUCCUUCAUUUCUGUAAGUCAUUAAUGUUUCAUGUAUUUUUUUUUGUCUAUUUAUUUGUCAUGAUCAAAGACGAUCUAAACAUCAUGGACAUCGCUUCACCAAACUCAUGAGGAUCUGUCAGUGCUCAUUCGGAGGGAACCAUAUUCAUAAAACCUCAUUAAAUAUGUAUCAAGCAGUCCCAUUGAGUCCCAUUAAAAAUGUAUCAGGCAUGCAUUAAUAAAUGUAUCAGAAAUGAAACAUUUGCAGAAGUGAUGCAGCAACUUAAACACGAGGGCUUUGUGAGUUGUUAAAAAUGUUAAGAGGACAAAGCAGCUUCCCUCUGUUGUCGCUGUUUGACUAACACAUUUGAUAUUGUGUGUCUUGUGCACAAAAUAUUGCUAACAACGGCACUAAAGAGACAGAUGUGUACUCUUUAAAUUUAGUUUAAGCAAUGUUUCACUUAGUGUAUAAACAUUUAUGAACAUAUGUUGGUACGACUCCAGCUUCAGUUUGUAAAGUUGCAGAAAUAACUGGUUGAUGCAUGCACCAAGUCAAAUGUUGCUUUAAACUACUGAUUUAAACAUAAUGUGUCAACUUGAGAAAUAUGCAGAUGAAAAUCUUUCAUGUCUGGAUAAUCCUGAAUGAUCUUGAAUGAUACCAAACUUUUUUUUUUCCAGUUUGAAAAUCAAUGAAUGAUACACAAAAUUCCCAAACACGUUGACCACAACCCUACCAGAGAAUGUCUUCUGGUCUUAUGUUCUGAGUUUGUGUCGCAGCAGUAGAGCUAAUCCUUUUAUUGCUAUGGGUUUUUAUUUCGGUUGACUGUUAGUGUUAAAUCAUCGCUGUAUUUGCAGCACGUGGGCCUGAGAGCGCUUUAGCCGACUCUCAGAGCUAUGCAAUCAUUUCAACCAAGGGCUGAGACCCCUGAGAAACACCAAUUCACAAUACUCCCUCUUUGCCCCCUGACAUGUAUAUCCUUUGUUCUUCCUAACUCUAUCCAAACUGAUAAUCUACAUAUGAACUACAGUCAUAUCAGAUAUCGAUCAAGCAGAAAAAAAUCUACAAAUAUCUGUCUACCCGAGAGUUGCAUAUCAGAGAUUCUUAAAUGGAUGUUUGAUUGUCUCGCUUUCUCGUCUGAGCCUGUACAGAGGAGCCAUGUGCCAGUUCCCGCUGUGGUCCAACAGGGGGCGAUCUUUAGUCAGCAAAAAACUCAGAAUCAUUAAUUGUAAUAAAAACAACAGGAAUACAUACACAAACACAUACACAAGAAAACACAUUUAUUCUAUGUGUUUUGAGACCAAUGUUUGAUAUCAGUGAUAUUAGAUAUCAAACCUACUGGUUUAGGUUUGGUAUCUGAUAACACUGAUGAUGAAAAAGUGAUGAUGAUGAUGAUAAUGUAAUAUGUUUUUAUUUG